AUGGAUAUAUCCGAUUUAGACUUUGACUUAGAUAUUUCUCAAGAAGACUUACAACAUAUUGAAGCACUAGAAUCUAGUAUUUUUAGUGAGAUACGCAAUUUUUCCGAGGAAGAAAUUAGUAACGAUGCUAUCCUACCAGCAAGAAAACGUUACCGUCGUGUGAUUGCAAGUAACUCCGAAAGUGAAUCGGGGUUGGUUGAGAAUUAUAUCUCUAAUCAAAUUGCUCGUAUAGAAAACACAUCUAAUUCAGUACAAAAAUGGACACGACCACAAGGACAUCAACCAUCCGUCAUAGCAUUCACGGAACCAACUGGUAAGUGCUAA